AUGCAUUUGUGUGGGCAUCCACGAAUGCAAUCAACAGUUACCAAACUGUUUCUCCUCAUCUUCAUCUCCCUUUCUUCCUUCAAACGAUCUACAACUGCCUCGGGUCGCAAUGCCAAGGCCGCCUUCAAGAGGCAGACGGACAGGCCACCCUCACGUCAACAUGCCAACAAACGUAAACGACUCGGGCAUUUCGGACCCACCAAUCAGAAAGCGGAGCCUUCUUCGAGGAGCCGACUUAAAGAGGCAGAAAACAUGUCCGAAAAUGAAGCAGGUAAGUGUACAGUCAGCAUUUUCAAAUUCUUCUUCUGUACUUACAAUUUCAUGCUUGUUUGGGACAUAAAUAAGACUUCUAGUCACCACCCUAGGCCGCAUAAGCCGAUAAAAAUGAACCGAAAGUGUAAUUUUCCCAAAAAUUAG